AUGGCUUUGAUGAUAGAUCAUAACUCGUGUAGUGAAGGAAUGUUUUUAUCAUUAGACUCUCAUAAAUCAAUGCCUGCUCCUUUCCUUACUAAAACCUACCAAUUAGUUGAUGAUCCAACCACUGAUCAUAUAGUCUCAUGGGGUGACGACGAUACCACUUUCGUCGUGUGGCGGCCACCAGAUUUUGCUCGUGAUCUCCUUCCGAAUUACUUCAAACACAACAACUUCUCCUCCUUUGUCCGCCAACUCAACACUUAUGGUUUUAGGAAAAUUGUACCGGAUAGAUGGGAAUUUGCAAAUGAGUUCUUCAAAAAAGGCGAAAAACAUUUGUUAUGUGAGAUCCACCGCCGGAAAACAACACAACCACAUGUCGGGACAAACCACCACAACUUCACCGGCGGAGUAGGAAAUGGUUUAUUCUCAUACUCAUCAUCAUCAACAUCUACACUUGUACGUGACAGCAUCUCACCACCAAACUCCGAUGACGAUCUUCAUCAUCUAUUUGGUGACCAUGAUAACUCGCCACCACUCAUCUCUCCUUCACCAACUACCAACACAACAAAAGGCGGCUUAUUCGGAAUAUUUCCGAACGUCGUUAUUAAUAAUAGUAACAACAACAACAUCAGGCCGGGUAAUACGGUGACGGCUUUAUCAGAAGAUAAUGAAAGGCUACGACGAAGCAAUAACAUGUUGAUGUCUGAGCUUGCACACAUGAGAAAGCUUUACAAUGAUGUUAUUUACUUUGUACAAAACCAUGUGAAACCAGUAAAAUAUCCUAGUAAUAUCUUACCUCCUCCCCCGCCGUUAAUGGUUCAUCAACAACACAAGCCACAUCAUCAUCAACAACCAACAUCAUCUAUCUUUAACAGUCCAACUGUUGUGUACCCUACUCCUGCAAGUAAGCAGCUAGAGUCUCAUGAUGAUAAUUCAACAACGAUGAGGAUCACCAACAACAAUAUCGCUACUACAAGAGCAAAGCUAUUUGGUGUUCCGUUAAUGUUGUCUAAAAAGAGACUUCAUCCUGAAUAUGGGACUACUAAUACUACUCAUAAGGCAAGGUUGGUUUUAGAAAAUGAUGAUUUAGGUUUGAAACUUAUGCCUCCUUCUCCUUGCUAGCUAGCUGCUCUCUUUUUUAUGACUUUUUAAAGUUUGCUAGCUAGACUGAGUAUUAGUAAUUAUUUUACUACUACUUACUAAUCAAAAACCGGCCAGUAGUUAUUUACCAUAUCAUUCUGGGCCGGAUUUCUGUUUCAAAAUAUAUCUGAAUGAUUCAGAUUAAUUAGUC